AUGAACCAAUCCUUCCUUAUCAAAGAAGAUUACAUGUGCCUCAAUAACUUAAUUUCUUUAAAAAAUGAAAAUGGUGCUCAUCACGAAAAUUACGAUACCUACUUGCAAUAUUUAGAGAAAAGAUGCGACUUUUUAUUCAAAUAUUACUUUGAUAAAAAUUGUAAAUAUUAUAAUCGAAUCGACUACUAUAUGUUACAAAUUGGGGAAGAUGUCAUGGAGUAUUUUUAUAAUUCAAGUAAUUCUGAUACUCACUCCGAGGGUAGCUCAAAUGAAGAUUUAAAUUAA